AUGGCGAGCUUUGGCGCAGGGAAUCCUUAUGGAGAUCCCAACUGGUACAACGGGGCCUACCACAGCCCAUACUACAAAGAGACGCAUAAGGCUUGGCGUGCCAGGUGUCGUAGCUUUGUGGAGGAGCACAUUCUGCCCUUCGUGAGCGAGUGGGAGGUGAACAAGGCCGUGCCUAAGGAUGUGUACAUCAAGUGCGCGGAGGCUGGGCUGUUGCCUGUUGUGGUGGGCGCGCACUCUGGGGCUUUCAAUCUGGUGCCCAAGGAGGCCCCCGAGGACCUGGACUACUUUCAUGAGCUGAUCUUUGUGGAUGAGCUCGCCAGGUGCGGCAGCGGUGGUGUGCUCUGGGGCCUCAUCGAGGGUCUGCAGAUUGGACUCCCACCAGUGCUCAACUUCGGCACGGAGGAGAUGAAGAAGCGCGUGGCGCCAGACUGCCUUAUGGGGAGAAAAAUCAUUUCGCUUAACAUCACAGAGCCAUCAGCUGGCAGCGACGUCGCCGCCAUCAAGACUACCGCAGUUCGAGAUGGUGACUUCUACAUCGUGAAUGGCAACAAGAAGUGGAUUACCAAUGGGAUCUUUUCCGACUACUUCACCUGCGCCGUGCGCACGGGUGGGCAGGGCAUGCGUGGGGUGUCCAUGCUGCUGUUAGAGAAGGAUUCGAUGCCAGGGAUUACGACGAAGAGGAUGGAUUGCCAGGGUGUCUGGCCCAGUGGCACAACCUACGUGGAGUUCGACCAGGUCAAGGUCCCAGUGGCCAAUUUGAUCGGAAAGGAGAAUGAGGGCUUUGGCGUGAUCAUGAAGAACUUCAAUCACGAGCGAUGGGGUUUCGUUGUGCAGGCGACCCGCUUUAGCCGGGUGCUCUUAGAAGACUCCUGGAACUUUGCGAACAAGCGAAGCACUUUCGGGAAGAGGCUCGUUGAACAUCCCGUGAUCCGCUGGAAGCUGGCGGAGAUGACCCGCCAGGUUGAGGGAAUUCACCACUGGCUCGAGAACAUGACGUUCCAGCUCUGCCAGAUGCCAAAGGACCAGGCCAUGACCACGCUGGGAGGGCCCAUUGCACUCAUGAAGGCACACUCCUCCAAGAUCUUCGAGUACUGUGCACGCGAGGCGCGGCAGAUUUUCGGAGGCAAUGCCUACACGCGCUCUGGUCUGGGAGAAAGGGCUGAGCGUUUGUACCGAGACGUGGGCGCAUAUGCCAUCCCGGGGGGCAGCGAGGAGAUCUUGCUGGACCUGGCCAUCCGCCAGGGAAACAAGUCCAAGCUUUGA